AUCUCUGAGAAGCUUAUGGGCAUGUUGUGAGACUGAGAGGCAAUUAGGCGGAGACAAGCGAGAGAAAAUGCAGUAAUUAUUAGUAAUUAAAGCGAGGUGGAAGUAGAAUAGAAGCAGCGGCAGCACUAGGAGGGGCAGGCAGUGGCUGAAUUGAGCGUGUUUUUGAGUUGCCGCUAAGAAUUUGGGCACGAAAUUUUGAAACCCCAUCAAGACCAAAUCAGCCCGCCCCCAAUUUCCCCCACAAUUGAAAUUUCCACUCCCAAAACCUCAACCCUUCCCCCAAACCAAAACCCACCGCUUGCUUUUCCUUUUCUUCUCUCUGUCUCCCAGCCGCAGCUCAGCUCUCUAUCUCUGAAGUCUAUGCUCUCAAUUUCUCUUUCGACAGCUGUCGUUGAUCCCUAGGGUUUCACUCAGUCUGUCUCUCUGUUUAUUGCGGAGGCGUCUCUGCGUGUCCGAGGUUUGAUUUUGAUGGCGUCGGAAACCCUAGGCGACACGAAACAAGAGGAGAUGGCUAGUGGGGAAGAAAAAGGGGAGGAGGUGAAACAAGAGGAGAAGGCAGAGGGCAAGGAAGGGGGAGAUGCGGAAAUGAAGGAAGAAGGCGAUAAUCAGGAGAUGUCGGACAAGAAGGCGGAAGGCGAGAAAGGAGGCGACGCGGAAGUGGCGGAGGAGAAGGGGGGGGAGGAGGAGGAGGAGGAGGGGCGGGAGGAGGAGGAGGAGAAAAGCGAAGAAGAGGCCAAGGAGGAAGGAGAGGAGAAAGGCGAAGAGAGUAAGGAGGUAGCAGAGGAGGGAAGGAAGAAGUCCAGGAGGAGUCGGAAGAAAGGGGAGGGAGGUAGGAAGAAGCCUGAGGGCGAGCCGGGCUCCAAGGAGCCUGUUACUCCGAGCGAGAGGCCGAUCAGGGAGAGGAAGACGGUAGAGCGCUACUCUGAGCCCUCUUCGGGCAAAAUCGCAAACAAAGGGUUGUCAAUUGAGAGGGGACGAGGAACGAAGCUUAAGGAUAUUCCAAAUGUGGCUUUCAAGUUAUCCAAAAGAAAACCUGAUGACAACCUGCAGACACUUCACACAAUUCUUUUUGGGAAGAAAGCAAAGUCACAUAAUUUGAAGAAAAACAUAGGACAGUUUUCUGGCUAUGUGUGGGUGGAAAAUGAGGAAAAACAGAGAGCAAAGAUUAAGGAGAAGCUUGAUAAAUGUAUUAAGGAGAAAUUAUUGGAUUUCUGUGAUGUUCUGAAUGUUCCUAUUAAUAAGGCAAAUAUAAAGAAGGAGGAACUUUUAGCAAAAUUGUUGGAGUUUUUGGAAUCUCCAUAUCCUACCACAGAUAAUUUGCUUGCUGAUAAAGAACAGAAAGGUAGAAAACGGAAGACAAAGACUACACCAAGCAGAAAAGCAAGUUCUGGAGAGGCAUCAGGAGCCCGGAGCAAGAAGAAAUCUCCUCAAGUUGGUGAGAAGCGUAAGCGCUCUUCAAAAGCUGAGGAAGACGAAGCUGAUGAUGAGGUUGAGCCUUCAGACACAAAGGAUAAAUCACAGGAUGAUGGCAAUGGUGAUAAAACCCCAGAGGAAGAGAGUGAUCAGGUGGAGGAUAAGUCUGAAGAAGAGGAAGAAGAAGAUGAACCAAAAGAGAAAGUUCCUGUUGAAAAAAAAUCUUCCAAAAGGAAUAUGAAGGAUUCGGGUUCUAAAUCUAGUGAAAAAUCUAAAUCUGCUAUGAAGAGCACACCUGUGAAAUCUAUCACAACGUCUAAUAAACCAACUAAGAAAGCUACCAGUUCAGUGUCCAAGAAAAGUGCAAGUGAUGCUGGUGGAGCUUCUGCUUCGGGAUCCAAGUCCAAGGCCUCUGCAAGUAAAAAGCAGAAGGUUGAAAAGGAAAGCAAGGAUCAAGGUGCUCCUUCUGUGGAGAAGGGAAAAAACAAGAAACCGCCUAGCAAGUCUCCACCAAAAGCAUCAACAAAAGACCAAGGGAAAGGAAAAUCUGGCAAGAAGGCUAAGCCUGAACCCACCAAUGAAGAGAUGCAUGCGGUUGUUGCAGAUAUUCUGAAGCAAGUGGACUUCAACACAGCUACUUUAUCUGAUAUUCUUAGGCAACUUGGCGCACACUUUGGAGUGGAUUUGAUGCACAGGAAAGCAGAGGUGAAGGCAAUAAUUACAGAUGUUAUAAAUAGCAUGUCUGAUGAUGAAGAUGAAGAGGAAGCUGGUAGCGGAGAUGACGUUGAGAAACAAGAUGGCAGUGAUAACGAAGACUAGACUUUUCCAAAACCCUUGUAGUUGCAAUGCAAAUUUUCUUGUCAUGAUACAACUAUGUACAAAGCUUCCAUGAGCAAAUAGGAGGCCUUCAAUCUCUUGACCUUUCAAAUUAAGCCCUCGCGCUAGGUCUGUCUGUACCAUAGAUAUUAACAUCUAGGUGCUUUGUUAGAUGAUAGUUUUUUCUUUGCUCUUUAUUUUUGUAUCCCUUCCAUUGUAACUUUCUUGUAGUUGUACUUAGUUUGCAUUUUUUAAUGUCGCAUCUUUUUUAA